ACUCGGUCGCCGCCAUUUUUAUUGUUGUGGUGUGCCGGGAGGUCUGUCUUUCACAGUUCUGGGAAGUAGGAGAAAACAAAUCUACUACUAAAUACUUCAGAAUUUAGAUUUUUUUCUUUGUUGUUUGUCGAAUAAACUUCACAACAGCGCGCAGAGAAAGCAACAUGGCGCAGUACAAAGGCGCUGCCAGCGAGGCUGGGAGAGCCAUGCAGCUGAUGAAAAAGAGAGAAAAGGAAAGAGAGCAGCUCGAACAGCUCAAGCUAAAGAUUGCAGAGGACAACAUGGUGAAGUCCAACAUCGACAAGAAGUUCUCCGCUCACUACGACGCAGUCGAGGCCGAGCUCAAGUCCAGCACAGUCGGUCUGGUGACGCUGAAUGACAUGAAGGCCAAGCAGGAGGCGCUGGUGAAGGAGAGGGAGAAACAGCUGGCCAAGAAGGAGCAGUCCAAGGAGCUCCAGCUCAAACUCGAGAAGCAGAAGGAGAAGAAGCGAAAGGAGGAGCAGAAGAGGAAGAUCGCCAGUUUAUCGUUCAACCCGGAGGACGAGGGAGAAGGGGGGGAGGAGGAGGAGGAAGAGGAGAACGAUGAUGACGACGAGGAGGAAGAGGAGGUGGACUACUGUCCAGCGAGGAAGAAGUAUUUGGGGAAAAAUCCAGACGUGGACACAAGUUUCCUUCCGGACCGAGACAGAGAGGAGGAGGAGAAUCGUCUCAGAGAGGAACUCAGGCAGGAGUGGGAGCUCAAACAGGAGAAGAUCAAGAGUGAGGAGAUUGAGAUCACGUUCAGCUACUGGGACGGCUCUGGCCAUCGUAAGACUGUCAAGAUGAAGAAGGGAAAUACCAUCCAGAACUUCCUGCAGAGGGCGCUGGAGGUCCUCAGAAAGGACUUCAGCGAGCUCAGGUCUGCAGGAGUGGAGCAGCUGAUGUACAUCAAAGAGGAUCUGAUAAUCCCACACCACCACAGUUUCUACGACUUCAUCGUCACCAAAGCCAGAGGCAAAUCUGGGCCUCUCUUCAGCUUCGACGUCCACGAUGACAUCCGACUGGUGAACGACGCCACCGUUGAGAAAGACGAGUCUCAUGCAGGUAAAGUGGUGCUGAGGAGCUGGUAUGAGAAGAACAAGCACAUCUUCCCCGCGAGUCGCUGGGAGCCGUACGAUCCUGAGAAGAAAUGGGACAAAUAUACGAUCCGGUGAAACAGCUGUCCUCUCCGGCCUCUGGAAUCCCCUGAUGCAAACGUGUUGUUGUUACCUUCCUUCUGAUUUUACUCUGACAUAUUUCAUCGAUGCUUUAUCAGGAUUUGAUCAAAGUAUUGAUCCUUUUUUUUAUUUUUUUUUAUUCUUUCUAUUUGAAAUACUAGUGUAACCCCCCCCCCCCCCCCCCCCCCAAAAAAAAGAUGUAUUUGAACAGCCACCGCAAUGUUUCCUGUGAAAACAACCCCAGCGCUCACACGUGUACAGCGAGUCGCAGCAUCAAUGCUUAAUAAACAUGAACCUGGCUGAGGAUUCUUGGCUCCCGUUGAAAA